GUAACUGAGCCCAAAAUAAAAUAAGUAGUUUAAACUAAACGGAAAUGUAGAAAAUUAAAAAGUAGGUUUGACGUAGUAUCAACUUAAUGUUUAAAAUCAGUUUCAUCCCACUUUAUCGUUUAAAAACACGUUUUUUGAAUUACUAAAUUCAACAGGUGUCCUACUGUGGUCAAAUACGUCACGAUUUUGUAAUGUAAUAUUUUGACAAAAUAUCGGUUGCUUAAUCGUAUAUUGAAAGCAUUACCUAAUGCCUAAUACUUAUUACUCAGAUAUGCCAUGCAGCGCAGUAAAGUGAAUUGAACAUACGUCGGUGUACUUUAGUGUUACAGCAACUUGGCAAAUAUUUAAGUAGACCGUUUUACAGUCGAGCGAGUGCAGACGUUUUGCGUUUUCAGCGUAUUUUUAACUCGUAUUGCGUUCUCGGGUUUAAACGCACGAGUGCCGAUUCGUUUUAUGGUGUAUUAUUUUUUAACUUGCAGGUAAUUACAUAGCAAUGGCGUUAAACAAAGACCCUGGCGUUCAGGAUGUCGCUGACUCAGUUGAAAAGGCGUACACUACAAUUGAGAAGUAUAUUCUUCACACACCGUUGCUGCAUUCGCCUUAUAUAUCGUCUAAAACGGGCGCGAAUGUCUUUCUUAAGCUUGAAUCAGAGCAGGUUACCGGGUCUUUUAAAGUAAGAGGGGCUUAUCAUAAGAUAUUAAGUUUUGGAGAGAAUAUAGAAGAAAAAUAUGUCACUGCAUCUACUGGGAAUCACGGAAUGGCUUUCGCUCUCGCAUGCAAAACACUGGGACGAGUUGGAACAGUUUUUGUGCCGACGAAUGCUUCAGCUGCAAAACAAGAGCGAAUGAAGUUGUAUAACGUUGAGAUUAAACAGCACGGUGAAGACUGUGUGGAGACUGAGGUAAAGGCUCGGUCUGUUGCAGAGGAAACUGGCGCUACCUAUAUUUCGCCUUACGCGGACUUGGGGGUCAUUGCGGGCCAAGGAACUAUCGGAGUUGAAAUCCUUCGAGAUCUUCCUGAAGUUGAUGCUGUGUUUAUAACAGUUGGGGGCGGUGGGCUCAUUUCAGGUGUUGGUAGCUACAUCAAAUCGCAACGUAGUGGCGUCGAAAUAAUCGGGUGUCUGCCUAAGAAUUCUCCCGUUAUGAUGGAGUCUGUUAAGGCGGGUCGUAUUAUAGAGAUGGAGUCGUUGGAAACGCUCUCUGACGCCUCUGCUGGCGGUGUUGAAGCUGGGUCUCCUACGUUCCCGCUAUGCCAGAAAGUUGUUGACCGUUGGGUAACAGUAAGCGAGGACGAGAUAUCAAACGCAAUGUACAUGAUGUUGUCACAACAUAAUAAGGUGGUGGAAGGGUCGGCAGGUGUCGCCCUUGCGUCGUUCUUGAAGCUACAAAAAGAAUACGUAGGAAAGAAUGUGGCGGUUGUAAUUUGUGGCGCUAAUAUUACUAUGAGCAAACUAAACUACGUAAUACAACAACAUUAAACCUAACGUUAUGGAACCCUCGACUCUUAUUCAUGUUGCAAGUCAAAUGUUUACGUUUCAACUGGUUUAAACGUUUGACGUAUGAUGGGGCGGGGUAAAAUGGGACAUGUUUUCAUUCUUUUUUAUCCGCCCAUU